AUAUUGACUAUCAAGGGUCGAUGAUGAUAUUACCCCCCAUACCCAACUCCCUUCAGCCAAACAAACCACAAUCACUCCCUUUCCUCUCCUCUCUUCCAUUCAAUUUCUCCCUAACAACAACAGCAACAAAAAAAAAAUCAUGCUAAACCCUGGCACAGAAUCGCCCGAUGACCAAGUCCAUUCAGGUGACAGAUAUAAUAGUAAUGGUAUCCUAAGUUAUGGUGUUUUAUCAAGAAAAACAGCAGAUAACUAUGGCAACUACCAGGGUUGGAAUAGCAUGGGGAUAUUUGGAGCUCAAAGAAAGGAUGUACAAGCUGAGGAGUCUGGGGUUUGCUCACCUCCCUUGUGGAGGACUAGUCCACCGAGAAGCCCCCAGCAUCGCCAAAAUCAUUACCGGAGUCUUUCUCCAUCAUCAAGGACUCAAGCUAUUGCUAGAGGCCAAAAGGAGCUCAUGGAGAUGGUGAGUAGAAUGCCCGAGGGAUGUUAUGAGCUAUCUUUAAGAGAUAUUGUGGAGCAGCCAAUGGUGGUUGCUGAUGCUAAAGAAGAAAGUUUUAGCGAAGAUAGGAGCAUAAUCAAUCAAGGAGAUAUGCAUAUAUUAAGAAGGGAACAAGAGAAAAAGAAGAAGAAGAAGAAGAUUGAAAAAAAAGUGCAUAUGAAUAGAAGUGGAAGCUCAAUUAAUGAAGGGUUUCUUCUGAAGAUGGUUUUUCCAAUUUCUUUUGGUUCAAGAAAGAAGAAAAAAAAUAAUAAUAGUAAUCCUCCGAUCAUCAAUAACAGUUUAAGAGACGGAAGGGUUUCUCCGAGGCCUUUGCUAUAUGAUAAUGGAUCUGAAAAAAGCGCCGAUGAAGAGUGGUGGAACAAUAAAUUCCCAGAAUCUAGGGACAGUGAGAGUGGUACUGCAUUGAGUAGCAGUAAUAGUGGAAGUUCAAAAAGCAGCGGCAGCAGCAGCGGCAGCAGUAGAAGUAGCAGCAGAAACAGCAGCAGGCGCGGAAGAGGUGGUUGCUGGUCUUUCAUUUUUGCCAAGAAAGGCAAAGCAGCAAAAUGAAUAUAUGAUCCGUCUUGUGUAAAUUAGACUGGGUGUUGCACGUAAUGUUUUUGCUAUCCCUCUGCAAAUAAUGUUGAAAUAUCUGGCAGAAUAUAAAAGAUUCUAAUGGCAGCUAAGAUUUCCAGCAAUGUAUAUCCUUGCUUGCUGAUGCUUCAAGUAUCUGCUACGAAUUUUAUUUAUUUAUUUUUAUUUCAGUUUCUA